CCAGUAUUUUUAAAACUUUGUGGAAUAAGUGAUCAUUUCCUUUUAGCAAUUCAAAAACAUUUACAAGAAAAAGGAUUAACUGAAAGAACUCACGGAAAUACUGGACGUGUACCAAAAUUAAAAAGCGGUCAAAAUUUUCAAUUAAACUUUGUAAUAGGAGAGAAUGAAUUUCCGGAAGGUACUUCUAAAGGAGCAAAUACUACACUUAAUAUG